AAAUGUGGAGAAUGGAGAAAGGUGUCGGUUCUUAGAAAGCAGAGACAAAUCAAUCAGAGAAGCUCUUGAACGUGAUUUCUGCUAAUCUUCUCUGUUUUCUCUUUAUAAACAGAGCAAAGAGCCCAUUCCCACUUAUUUCACUUUAUUUGUCCUUUUCUCACUAUAUAUACUAACCCUUUCUUGCUCUUUCUCUUGCCCAUAUACCUAAACACUCCCCUUCCUCUCUCUCUCCACCAAAAUGACAGUUUGGUUCUCUCUCUUGCUUGCUUUCUUCUUGCUCUUUAAUGGGUCUGGUUUAGCUGCUACUUAUAUGGAAGGAUUCCUGAAGAAUGGCAACUUUGAGCAGAAACCAAAACCAAGUGACAUAAACAAGACAGUACUGAAAGGGAAAAAUGCAUUACCUGGCUGGGAAACAAAUGGUUUAGUGGAGUACAUAUCUGCUGGCCCACAACCUGGUGGCAUGUAUUUUGCAGUUGCUCAUGGUGUACAUGCUGUUAGGUUAGGCAAUGAGGCCUCAAUUUCUCAAACAUUAGCAGUAAAAGCAGGCUCUCUUUAUGCCCUUACAUUUGGUGCAUCAAGAACUUGUGCUCAAGAUGAGGUGCUAAGAGUGUCUGUUCCUCCUCUUUCUGGGGACCUUCCUCUGCAGACACUUUACAGUAGUAAUGGUGGUGAUACUUAUGCUUGGGGGUUUAUUGCCAAAUCUAAUGUUGUUAAAGUGACAUUUCACAAUCCUGGUGUUCAAGAGGACCCUGCUUGUGGACCUCUCGUCGAUGCUGUUGCUAUUAAGGAGCUUUUUCCACCAAGGCCCACAAGAGAUAACUUGGUAAAGAACCCUGGUUUUGAGGAGGGUCCUCAUCGCUUGGUAAACACUUCCAAUGGUGUCCUCCUUCCUCCAAGGCAAGAAGAUCUCACAUCUCCACUUCCUGGCUGGAUCAUUGAAUCACUUAAAGCUGUGAAGUUCAUCGACUCAAAGCACUUCAAUGUUCCGUUUGGACUUGCUGCUGUUGAGCUUGUUGCAGGCAGGGAAAGCGCCAUUGCCCAAAUCCUCAGAACAAUUCCUAACAAAGUCUAUGAUCUCACAUUCAGUGUUGGAGAUGCAAAGAAUGGUUGCCAUGGGUCAAUGAUGGUCGAGGCAUUCGCCGCCAAGGACACCUUUAAGGUCCCAUUCGAGUCUCAAGGGAAGGGUAAGUUUAAGACAGUGAGCUUCAAUUUCAAAGCCGUUUCAGCCAGAACAAGAAUCACAUUCUACAGCUCAUACUACCAUACUAGAAUUGAUGAUUUUGGAUCACUUUGCGGUCCUGUACUUGAUCAAGUUAGGGUUUUCCCUACUGCAUAGAUGUCGGAUUCAGUCACUUUGCAAAUUACUAAGCGUUUCAGUUUUCUUAUAAAGGAUUGCAAUGUUUGUUUGAACCGAACAUUUUGUAAAUUUGACGGUCGACGCCCAAGCUUUAGUAUUGGCUUCACAUGGUAGGACAAGAUCUUUUUAGCUAAGAGAAAGGGAAGAUCAUGUGAUUUUCUCUUAUAUGUAAUGGUAAAAGCAUUAUAUAAUCAAGUAUGUAUUAUCUAGACAUUACAACAAACUCGAGCAAUAAAUUAAAAGUUUUUGAGUAA